AUUCUCCGUACUCGAAAAUGCUAGUUUCAAAGAUGGCGUUCGACAUGUCGGUUCUGCCGGGAGCGAACUCCUUUGGGUUUCAUCCAAACCAUGCUGCAAAUUCGAGCAUGAGUGACUUUGGAGCUCGACAGCGAACACUGCAUCCGAUGGUGACGACAACGUCGGUGCUGGGCGUCAAGUUCGACGGAGGCGUGAUGCUGGCGGCCGACCUUGCAGGCUAUUAUGGAUCUUUGGCCAAGCUCAGGAACUGCCCCCGCCUGCUCAAGGUCAACGACCAGAUCAUUGUUGGUGCGGGUGGGGACUAUGCCGACUACCAAUUUCUCAAGGGGGUCAUGGACCAGAAAGUGAUCAGUGAGGAGUGCUUGAAUGACGGUUUCAAGCUUAAGCCGAAGUCCCUGUACUCCUGGCUUACUCGUGUCAUGUACAACAGGCGGUCCAAGUUUGAUCCCUUGUGGAACACCUACCUCGUUGGUGGACUUCAAGAUGGGGUUCCCUUUUUGGGUCAGGUGGACAUGCUUGGCACUGCUUUCCAGUCCGACACCUUGGCCACUGGCUACGGUGCCUACAUUGCACAGCCGCUGCUGCGCGACGCCUAUGAGAAGAAAGGAGGCCACCUAAGUCAGGAGGAGGCCAAGGACGCCCUCGUCAAGUCCCUCACGGUCCUCUACUACAGGGAUGGAAGGUCUUUCGACAAGUACCAACUGGCAGUGGUGACUGCAGAAGGUGUAAAGAUUGAAGGGCCUUUCCAACUGGAUUCCAACUGGGAGCUGGCACAUCUCGUCAAGGGAUACGAGUGAAGAGGAAUGCUUACUCUGCCCAUUGUCUCAAAUAAACACUUUUUACUUCGA